AUGGGAAAAAAUAAGGCAAAUGGAAAGAAAUAAUUUCAAAUUAUUGGAGUUAAUAGCAAAGCAUAGGCAUAUGAAUUUGGAGAGUAUAAAUAUGACUAGAUAAAAGGAACCUGGAAAUAGUUUUAUAAAGAAUAAUAAGUCUGUCAGGGAGAAUAUAAUGAUUUUGGAGAAAAAUCUGGAAUCUGGAGAGAAUUUUGGCCUGGAUUUUGGGAGAAAUCAUUUGCAAUUUAUAAUGGUGAAUAUAAAAAAGGCAAAAAGUUGGUAAAUGGGAAAUUUUAUUGA